AUGACCGCCGCCGUCGCCGUCGCCCCCUCUCCAGCAAACCAGGGUCCACGUCCGAAUAACAACACGGCGAAAUCGACUGCCCCGCCGCCAACGGACCGGCAUGGCUCUCGUCAAUCGCAGCCAGAUCCUCUCUCGGAUCGCGCGACAGCAGCGCUGAUCCGUCGCACGCUUUGCACACACCAGCACAGCGACAAGAACCGUGAUGCGCAGCCUCCUAUCGACGAGCUGCUCCCGCCUCUGACGAGCCGUAACGAUGUCGACCUACAACUGUACGCGUUCCUGGCCAUAAUGCUACGAGAUUUUGUGCAGACAUGGUACAGCCGCAUCACGUCAGAUGAAGCAUUCAUCUUGGAGAUUGUGCACACUGUAGCACACUGCACGAGGGCCCUGGAACAACGGUUUCGAAAGGUGGACUUGGAGAGCCUGCUGCUGGACGAACUACCGGAUCUCCUGGACAAGCAUAUCACAGCCUACCGCACUGCGCACACACCAAUGUCGCCAGGGCCCAUUGAAGCCAGGCCACGGCAGGUAUACCAUUCGCUCUGUCCGCUGCCAUUCAUGGAACCCGUCCCUCAGCACAACGAGCCCGAGUCCACCGUCGCAGAGCAGGAACAGAACGAGUCGGCAUACCGACAGCUCCUCGUACAGGGCGUGCUCACAGUGCUCCUGCCUACGGAGGACCUUGAGAACCCCUGCUUGACAUCCCUAGUCGGGCAAAUUUUCUCGGAGCUCAUCAUCGGUAAUAUUGUUGCCAAGAAAGCAGCGCAGCCGUGGAUGUUAUGGGAAGCCAUCUGCAUCGUGGCGCGGAUCGUCCAAGAGAGGAAGAAGGGCAGCACAGCUCAAGACACCUGCGGAAGUGCAGAAGUUGAUCGCGUAGAUACGGCUGCCCGUGGUUGGUCGCUUCACGGGGUCGUCUUCGCCUUCCUGAACGCAGCGCUCCUCUUUGUCACGAGUUUUCGCUCAAUCGUGGGCACGAUCGCUUCGAUAUCGUCUCUUCCAGCUCGUAUGGAGCAAUCAGAGGCCCCGGUGAGGUCGGACGGUUCGAUGGUCCUCUUGAUAGUGAGCAUCAAGAAGCAGAACAUCGACAAGAGCGGCGCAGCCACAAAGCUACUCUCGUACCACAUUCGAUCCCACUUCUCCGCCUCUCAGCUGCCCACCUUCCUCCGGAUGAUUCGAGGCGUGCUGUUCCCCAACAACGUCCCUGGUAAGUCGACACUGGCGGCGCCCGAGUCUCACGCCGAGCUCCUCGCUCUUCGUCGUCGGGCCGCUAGCGCACUCUGGGGUCUCGUGCCGCGCACAGUGGGGAAGGUAUACCUUGGCGGCCGCCUGAAGAUGCAGGUAGAAGGCGGUCAGGAUGAUGGUGACGAGGAGGAGAAGAUGAUUGAAGAGGUGGAGGGGCUGCUCAUGGUGCUGGACGACGAGUACUGCAACAAGCACCUUGUCUAUGGGGUACUUGAGCUCGUGCUGGUGCGGCUGAUGCCGGAGCUGCGUGACAAGGGGGUCGAAGAGCUCUGGGAAGAGCGUCUUGGGAACUAG